AUGAAGGCCCUUGUAACGAACCGGACCAUCGCAACUCGCGUGUUCAACCUUAGCACCGGGAAGUCAGUUUUCAAGGGCGCCCACGUCACUGAAACGCCAAAACCCACUAUCAAAGAUCACGAGAUCUUGGUAAAGGUGCACACUGUGGCCCUAAACCCUAGCGACUUCAAGCACAUCGAUGUCAUCUCCCCCAAAGGCUGCAUAGUCGGGUGUGACUAUGCCGGAGAGGUCGUCGAGGUUGGACAGGCCGCCUCCAGUUCCUGGAGCGUGGGAGAUCGUGUCGCCGGUGUUGUUCAUGGCGGGUUGCACCGAGACCGCGGCGCCUUCGCAGAAUACCUCAAGACGGACAGUGACCUGGCGUGGAGGAUUCCGCAGAGCGUCAGCAACGAAGAGGCAGCUACUUACGGCGUGUCGGCCGUGACUGCUCUCUUGGCGAUCAACGUUCAUUUGGGCCUCCCAUGGCCGGAUAAGCCUGGAACUGGUCUGCAACCGUCCGAACCAGCCAACAAAACAGUUUUCAUUUACGCCGGCUCCACGAGUGUCGGCCUUUUCGCCAUCCAGCUUUCCAAGCUUGCAGGAUACACCGUCGUUACUACAGCGUCGCCUCACUCCUACGAGCUCGUCAAGCGUUACGGCGCAGACCAUGUCUUCAACUACAGGUCAGAUGCCUGGGUGCAAGAGGUUACCUCCGCCUUUCCGGAUAUUUCCAUCGCCUUUGAUUGCUUUUCGGAAGGAGGGUCCGGACACGCCACGGCCAAUGUGAUCAAAUCUCAGGGCGGAAAGGUUGUCACCUUGCUUGAUCAAGGCGAGUGCAAGGUUCCUGGUGUCAAGUACGACAUGAUCAUGCUUUAUACCGUGUUUGGUCGCGAGUUCGCUUGGCUGCCACCGAUCGGUCCCAAGUUUCCUGUCGACGUGGAACAUCGCCAGGCAUUGGCCCGGUUCUACUCAAUAUUACCUCAGAUUCAAAGGUCACUCAAGCCGCCUCCCAUCAAAGUCGUUGAUGGUGGAAUUGAGGUCUUGCUUGAGUCGCUGGAUUUGCUGCGCCAAGGCAAGGUAUCAGGGAGCAAGCUGGUUGUCAAAUUGUGA